GUGUGUUUAUGUGUGUGUGCGCAAUUAGCUGUAUCGGAGUAUAGCUGAGGCGAUAGUCUGCAAAAUGCCUCGUCGAGUCAUCGCAGCAGCCGGCAGUACUUCAGAUAUGGCAUGGACUCAUAUUUAUGUUAUUCUUUUUAUGCUACCAGUAACAGCAAGUAACGAGGUGGUGAUUGGAACAACUGUGAUUCCUCUAUUGGAUGAUCGCUGUAUCAACAUGGUCUCGAUGAGUAUGUCACCUGGUGUGAUAUCACAAGAAGUCAUGGUGCAGCAGAUGCGAGAAAACUGCGUAGAAGGAAUGGGCAACUUUAACAAAACAGAUACCAAUGUUACAAAAACAAUCAAUGGUACAAGCCAUACAUUUACAUACACUAGCAGUGUAAUAGCGGAAAGUAUGUCGACAGUUCGAUUACUGUGUAGGGUUGACAAUAUUCCCUUCACCACAGACGUAGUGCAUUGGUACAUUAUACCAGAAGGAAGUGAAGGCGAAAGAAUAUCAGGUGAUGGCAAAAAACUUGAUAAAUUUACACGAAUGGAACCAAAAUUCGAUACGCAGAAUGGAAUUUAUGACCUUAUUAUAUACAAUGUAACAGUGAAUGAUACGUCGACGUAUAAAUGCUUCUUCAAUUUACUGGAUUCAAUUGAUUUAAUAUCAUAUCUUAUCGUCAACAAAACAGGUCUCAUAUCAAUUAAAAAAAUAUCAUCAGCUGAGACUAGGCAAGGAUACAUGGAGUCCACUAAGAAGUGGGGUAGUGUCUUUACGUACCUGUUUGGAAAUCGUGCUCAACUGGAGUGUGAAACAGAUCAAAUAAAAGGCGACCCGUUCUUCCAUGUUGGAUGGGGUAGAGAGGGCGCCCCGAUACAGUCACGUGGCCAGGAUAUCAAUUUUAUUCCGGGAAAAACACUUUUGCUAAAGAAAUUAAGGUACAACGAUGCAGGUAGAUACUACUGUGAAACUAGGAAUUCGUUUGGAAAGGAUUAUUGGAUUGUAGAACUCAGAGUUGAAUGACACAACGCGUGAUAAAAUUUUACGUAACUUAAAUAAAUAAGCAGAUAUAGUUUAAAUAGUAAUGAGGAAAUAAGGAUUGAUCAGGGUAUUCUUAAGCCGGGCACAUUUGAACGCUUGGCGCCGCGACGACGUCUCCUGUUUGUCCGGUGUAGCCGACAUCAAAAUAAUUCCGCUCACCUUGCUGUGUUGAUGUCCCCACGAUCGUGAGCGCAAUAAUGUGCCCGGCUAUACACAUUUUUUUAGCUUUAAAUUAAGUAAUUCGCUUACUGCCCGCAUGUGACUUCAUAUUUUACUAAACGCUAUGAAAGAUAUAAUACACGUAAACAAGAAAGCAAUAUAUGAAGUUAUAUAAAUAUACUUUGGUGUCAUGUAUAAAAUUUCUAAAACCGCUUUAUUAUAGCUUAUUUUGUAAUACAAAUGUUAAAAUAAUAAUGAGGAUGUAUCUGCAAAGUACAUUAUACCGUUGUAGUCGGACUCUCAAACUUGCAGUCGGUGUUUGAAACCCUCGCUUUGUAAGUUGCUUGCGUAGUGUUUUGGCCAGACACUUAAUCGAGAUUUGUAUUAUCUACCCAGGAGUAAGCCUACAAAUGGGCGCUGGUAUAUGAUGGGAAGGUAAAACAGUUUCGUGCGGGAUGUUAUUGCGGAUCGUAUGUUAUUAUUAUUAUCAUUAUUAUUAUUAUUAUUAUUAUUAUUAUUAUUAUUAUUAUUAUUAUUAUUAUUAUUAUUAUUAUUAUUAUUAUUAUUAUUAUUAUUAUUAAUGUUAU